UUGUUGUUUUUUGUUAUUUGUUGCAUCAACUUUGAAUUUAAAGUGGAAUGUUGUCCAGAAGCUUGUUUGUGUUACAAUGAGCCGAAGAUAACAAUCAGCUGCCAGCAACAAAGACUGACUUCUAUCCCAUCGUACAUACCAAUGCAAACUCAACGAAUCUUUCUCCACAACAACAAAAUAACUUUAGUGAAGUCAACAAGCUUUACAUCUUGUCAAAACCUUACCAUUUUAUGGAUUCAUUCAAAUAAUAUAAGUCAUAUUGAAUCUGGAUCAUUUUAUGGAUUAAACAAAUUGGAAGAGCUAGACAUGAGUGACAAUUUCAACCUCAAAACCAUUUCUCCACUAACGUUUAGAGGUCUUGUUCACCUACAUACGUUACACCUUAAUCGUUGUGGUCUUCAGGACCUACCACCUGGAAUUUUCCAAGGCCUUUCCUCUUUGCAGUACUUAUAUAUUCAAGAUAACAACUUGCAUUUUCUGCAUGAUGAUAUAUUUGUAGAUUUGGGUAACCUAACUUUCUUGUUUCUUCAUGGUAACAAACUUAGCAACUUAUCUGAAAAUGUCUUUAAUGGUCUUAGAAACUUAGAUCGACUCUUGUUACAUCAGAACAGGUUGGAAAUGAUCCAUCAAAGAACUUUUCAUGACCUCAAAAAAGUCACAACACUCUAUUUAUUUUUCAACAAUUUGACAGUACUUAAAGGAGAAGUACUAUCACCUCUUUUAUCACUGCAGUACUUACGUUUGAAUGGAAACCAGUGGCUCUGUGACUGCAGAGCCAUAUCACUUUGGAAUUGGUUAAAACAAUUUAAAGGUUCAUCAUCAGAGCUAGAAUGCUAUCUUCCCAGAAAUUUAUCAGGAAUAGAUCUUAAAAAACUUCAGAGAACUGCUCUUGAUGGAUGUGUCAACGCUUCGUCAAAUCAAAUGAGAAUGGGUAUAUCUAAUUCAAAGACCAGACCUGGAAAACAAGCUGGUGUAGAAACCUCAUUUAAUUAUGAAGUUUCAGAACCUUGUUGUCAGCCGUCUUUUGAUAAAACACUAUAUUCUGAGACAAAUGGCAGAACAGGUCCAUCUUCUCAUACAAGUAGACUAGCACCAAACAAUCCUGUUAAAGACAAAGAAAAUAUUUCAAAAACAAAAAUUAUUGGCAGUGCUGACCAUAGAAAAAACAGAACAUAUAAACAAAUAAACGACUCGCCAUUUGGAACAUUUACAAGCAAAGUAGACAGCCCUCUUACCAAAGUAAAGCAAAACAAUGUAUUCGAUUCGGUUGAGCCUUCUACAGUCCCAAACAAAAAAAGACAGCCCUGUUCAAAAAAGGUGAAAUCUAAAUCACAAUGUCGAAUGUUUCAACCAGGAACAAGUUCCGCAUUUCUGAUGACCACAAAUGUUCUUUUGGUUACUUUGUUCUCAAUCCUACCUGUACACGUUUAAAGAAAAAAAAAAAUCACUAUAUUUUAUUUUAUUUAUUUUUGCUUACUCUUUCAGAAUUUUUUGAUUCAUAACAGAGACAGACUUAAUGAGUUAUUAUGACUGAGCUUCAUAAAAUGUUGCAACUGCUAAGACAAAGCUAUGUGCUUCACAUGAACAAAAAUAACAGCUUCACAAAAGGUGUUUGAAUAUUUUUUUAUGGUUGUGUACUAUGAGUUUAUAAAGUAAAAAAAAAAUAUAUAUAUAUAUUACUUUAUUCCUCAUAUAAAUAAAGAACAUGUUGCUGUAAAAAAUAUCUUUGAAAUGCUAAACAUUGAUGUUUAGCCAUUGUUUGUAAAGUUGUACUUAAUAAUGAUUCAAAAUGUACAUUGUAAAAAAUGCUGUUUGUCUGCUCCGUUCAUGAAUAUUAUAAAUAACUGAAGUCAUUUCUUUUAUUUAAUGUCUAAGGGUAGCAUUUGUUGAAGAAUGCUAACCAUUAAUUUAAUCAUUCUCCAUGUAUACAGAAAUAGAUAUGCAUUUUAUUUUAAUUGUGCUCAUAUAAUAUAAAUGAAGUAACAAAUAAAGAUUUUUCUUUUUUUUUGUUAAAGUUCUCAUAAUUAAAAAAAAAAAUUGUUUUAUAAUUCA